CCCUUCCGCGCCGUGGAAUUGCCGCACUGGGUUGCGUCCUCCCUCUGAAGGAGGGACUUGAAGUAUAAAUGUUCGAAGACAUCCUCAGAAACACCAGAGCGUCAACUUCAGAGAGAAAAGCCACGCACGGUGAAAUGCAAAGCCUUCCCAAACCCCAGUUCUCCAGCUGGCUCAUAGAGCAGGUGGAAACGGGCCAGUACGCUGGGCUGCGGUAUGUGAGUUCAAACAAGUUCAGAGUCCCCUGGAAGCACAACUCCAGAAAAGACUGCAACGACGAGGACAGUAAAAUAUUCCGGGCUUGGGCAGUAGCAAGUGGGAAAAUUAAUGAGUUCCCCAAUGACAAAGCCAGGUGGAAAACCAACUUCCGCUGUGCUCUGAACAACCUCUCUGUGCGCUUCAAGAUGAUAAAAGAUAACUCAAAGAAUUCUGAUGACCCUCAUAAAAUCUAUGAGAUUAUCAACACUGCACAAAACCAAGACGGACUCGCAGCACAGGACUCCCUGGAGGACUCUGACAUGAUUACAGAUAUCUACAGCUCUUCCACAGAGUACCUCCCCUCAGGACAUGAGCAGCCUGAUCUGGUUUCUGAUUUAAUGGCCUUGGGUCUUGACAGCCAACCAAUAGAGGAGCAACAGUGGACAGAGAACUAUGCUCAGCAAAAUCCAAAUGUCCUAGGAAGCUAUACUGUUCCAGUUGAAAACAACCCGCAGCUUUUACCAGAUCAGCCAGCCUACUAUGAGGUAAAUCCUGCACCAGUCCUCGCUUCACCUCAGCCAGGGUUAAAUGACCUGGAGGUCUCCAUCCACUACAGGAAAAGAGAAAUGCUAAAGAUGACUUUGACCGCUGCCCAUCUCCAGCUCCACUACCACUUUGAGGCCCCCGACUACGAUGGCUACAAACUCUGCUUCCCCUCUACAAAGGAUCUGCUGGACCACAAACAGAUUGAAUACACCAACCGCAUACUUAACAGCAUCCAGAGAGGUCUGUUCCUGGAGGUGCAAGAAACUGGUAUUUAUGCCUGGAGGCAGGACAGAUGUCAUGUGUUUGCCAGCACCAGUGACCCUAGUGUGGCUCAUCCAGCCCCGGCAAAGCUUCCUCCGAACACCAUGGUGGAGCUCCUAAGUUUUGACAAGUAUGUGAAUGAGUUGAAACAGUUUAAGGAGAACAAUGGUAGAUCUCCUGAAUACACGAUCACCAUGUGCUUUGGAGAGAAGUUUCCGGAUGGAAAACCUCUGGAGAAGAAGCUUAUUGUAGUGAAGGUGGUACCUCUAAUCUGUCGACAUUUCCAUGAGAUGGCCCAGAUGGAGGGAGCUUCAUCUCUUUACAGCUCCAACGUCAGCCUACAGAUCUCACACAACAGCCUCUAUGAUCUCAUCAGCUCCAUCUUUCCCCCGCCAACAGCUGAAGACCCAAUGCGGGAAGCUGCACUUUACCAUAACUAGAUUUGAAAUUUGCCGUUUCACUAGCUUUUAUUUGAAAACUCAUUUACCAUUACCCAAUGAAUGUGUUAUAGCUGCCAAUACUGCCAUUUGCCUGCUCUUAUUUUAUGUUCAUAUUGAUGUUAAAUAUUUUCAAUCACUACAUGAGCAGAAAUGACUCAUCCACUGCUGUACUGUUAUGUUACUAACCUCAGAGUCCGAAGAUUGCUUUAGAACUGUCAAAUUGUCAUUCAAUAUAAUGUACUUUUAAUUGAUAUUAGUAUAUAUUAACUGAAAUUAAUGCUCAUGAUAAUGUUCAAUCCAUUCUGACAUGCUGUAUAUCUUAUAUUUAUAAACUGUUGUACAUCUGUGUAUAUGUAUAUAAUACUGUAUGGUAAUAUUUUUGUGUCAUACAGCCACUGGCUAUAUAUGAGAAACUGACCAAUUACUCUCCUGUUUGUCUUGCACUUUUCAUACUGAAUAAACUGCCAUU